GUCAGUGAGGUUAAGACGUGCGCACGAGGGUCUGCGAUCUUGGGUUUGAGGCCAUCGCCCGAGGGAUCCUACCUCCACCGAAUUGAGGCCAUCUUCGGUAUUACGGAUUGAGGCUAUCUCCGUCAUAGGCAAUAAAUGUUAAGUGGUUUGACUUUGGUGAAAGUCUAAAUUGGUUUGACCGGUGGUCAAAGAGUUAAUGGGAAACCCGUAACACCUAAAUCGUUUUGAAAAGAAAGAAAAUAAGUUGACUGUUGGUCAACCGUCUAAAGAACCGAAUGUAAAGUUGAAUUGAUUUUUAUUAAAAGGAUAAACCCCUCUCGCUGGAGUUCUACGCCUUAUUGCUCAAACAAACACUUGCAAUUUCGGCAAGGAAAAUCGAAACCUUAAGACUCCAAUUUAUAUGCAGGGAGAAGGACAAGAGACCAAACUGAGUUAAGUUUUCCCAAUGAAUUGUUUCGACUAUAUCUGCCCAGAGUGAAGUUUCUGAUCUCAUAAAUACAAAUUGACUGCUUUACUUUAUGGAGCUAAAAGUUUCAUCUCCAAAGAGAGCUCUUUCUCCUGAUUGUAAUAGUGACCCUGAAGAAGAGAAAGAAAUAAGCGAAGAAGAAGAUGAUGAUCGUAAUCAUAAGCAUCGAAGAAGGGAUGCACAGUCUGAGUCUGUUGAGAUUCAUGCUUUUGAAUCAGUUAUUACAAGACCCUGCCGGAAACGCAACAAGCCCAUUGGAAAUGGACACAUGUGCAGGGGCUCCGAGUCUUAUGCUUUUGAGAAAGAGGGGACUGCACAUUUUGAGAAGAGAAGAGGUAUCAAUUCACUUUACAGAGCUCAACAAGAUGCAAACCCAAGAAUAUGGCCAAACCAAACACUGUCUAGAGAAUCUGGACCAGUCAGGGGUCGCGGGAGGGAACCUAGUAUAUGGGGCCAACAUGAUUCUAGAUUCAGCCCAAUUGAUCUUACAACCCAGAUAGGUCAACAAGUUCCUGUUCCUCCUGGUUUCUUUGUCGGAAGGGGCUUGCCAAAUGUUUCUAAUGGACCAAAUUCACAUUGGAAUUCGUUUGGCAUGAUCCCCAGAAUGCCUAUUGCAGGCCUGGAUCCACUGCAUCCCCUUUCCUUGCAAGGAGCACUUAGGACACCCAUGAAUCCUGCAAUUGGGUUGGGCAUACCUCGGCAAAGAUGUAAAGACUUUGAGGAACGUGGAUUUUGUCUAAGAGGUGAUAUGUGCCCAAUGGAGCAUGGAAUAAAUCGUAUUGUUAUUGAGGAUGUUCAGAGUCUAUCUCAGUUUAAUCUCCCUGUUACACUUCCUAAUGCACCCCUGCUUGGAACAGCUACUAGACAAGGAGCUUUAUCUGCAGUAGACCCUUCUUCCUCAUUGGUAAAUAGUAAACCUCAUAUAAAAGAUGGAAAAUUUGGAAUGAACAAUGAUGGCCUAAGAUUUAGUGUGGCACCUAUUGAAAGAUCUCUGGCUGAGGGUGCUGAUGUAUAUGAUCCUGAUCAACCCUUGUGGACAAGUGUUGAUGAAACUGCUCCGCAGAUGGACCAUGGUUCUUCUAAUCAUGUUAAGCCUGGGCUAUCUGAUUGCUACAGCACUGAACACCCAACUAGAAGUAACCUGGCAGACACAGUAUCUCAAGGUGUUUGGGGUCGAAUUAACAGUUCAAAAGGAAAACCUGAAAUCAAAGAAAGAGUUGGACCAAACAUUGAUUCUUCUAGUCAAAUUGAAAGAGAAAUUAAAAAAGAACCAUAUCCGUCUAGCAGUUCUGGGAAGAAUAUCAAUCUAGAAAAUCUUGAUUCAGCAACAGGAGCAUCUUUUAAGUCUAAAAAUGAUUCUGGACGUGAUAGCCGGAAAUCUUCUCAAAAGGCUCAUUGUACUCUGUUUGUCAGUGGCAUUCCACAAAAUGACAAUAGAAGGGAAGCUAUUAUCUCACAUUUUCAAAAAUUUGGAGAGGUUAUUGACAUUUAUAUUCCACUGAAAAGUGAUCGAGCAUUUGUCCAAUUUUCUAAGAGAGAAGCUGCCGAGGCAGCUUUAAAGGCGCCUGAUGCUGUUAUGGGUAACCGUUUUAUCAAGCUUUGGUGGGCUAACAGGGACAACAUUCCACACAACGGAGUAACCAGUGGCAAUAAUGCACAAAUAGCUGAUCCUUCAAUGCUCAUUGCUUCUGCCCCACCCCAUCUUUCUGUUACUUAUAAAGGAAAAGAAAGUAUGCAAUCUGUGUCGAAACCAAUCUCCAAUAUUCUUAAGCCUGUGGUUGCAGGUCCAGCACCUCAAAAGAAGAGUGAGGGUUUAGAACUAUUAAAAGAACUUCGUAAAAAGCAGGAGAUGCUUGAUCAGAAGCGGAAUGAGUUCCGUCGUCAGUUGGCUGAAUUUGAGAAACAAGCUUCAGGGCUUAUAGACGAAAGCCAAACUGAAGAUGUUGCCAAGAACCAUAAAGUAGAAAGUGCAGCUGAUUUCACAGGGUUUGAAGCAUCAAGCUCCCCGAAACAUGAUAUUGCCGUACUAUCCGAACAUACUGAUGCAGUGCCUAAUAGCGAUAUAUCGGCACAUAAUGCAUUGCUCUCUUGUUCAAAAUCAUCUUCUGCUGUGGCUACACCCGAACCACCAAGCUUGAAACAGUCAAUUCGUCCGUCACGGUCUAUUGGGGCUCCUAUCUUCAAUAGAUACAAACUGGACAACCGCCCCGUAACGUUCAAAAUCAAUCCACCUGUACCAAGUGGGCUGGCAAAUGUUGCUCUUCUGAUGGAACACUUUUCUCCUUUUGGUGAAAUUUCUUCUGUGGAGCUUGAAGAACCAGAGGUAGAGGAUAAGCUGGACACAUCUAAAAUAUCUGCUCAGAUAUCCUUCACUUCACGCCUGUCUGCCGAAAGGGCAUUUUUGAAUGCUAAAAGCUGGCAGGGUCAUACAAUGCAGUUUACUUGGGUCCAAACGUCAGUUAAUUUAAAAACAUGUGGUGGCGUGAAAGAGAUUGCUCCAGCCUGCAGUGAUCUUGGAGUGAAAGAGAAUAAAUCCUCUUAUUCUCAACAGAAUCUGGACGCUAAUACUCCUGAAGAAGACACUACCAAAUGUUCUUGAAAGCAGAUUUGGAUGGGAUUGCUAAAACUGAAAACAUUGAGAAAAGUAGAAGUGAUCCCAAAGGUGAACAUGGAUGAAGAGUUCAUGUCCUGUUCAGACAAAAUGUCUACGGACACUUAAAUCUCGGAAUGAUUGAUCUUGUGGCUGCCCUAAUUGUCAGGGUCUUCAAGUGAGUGAAAUUUUCUUUUCAGCUGCGUUGAUAUAAGCAAUUUGUGGGGUGGGUGGUCUUUGACUGAUACGAUUAUACGAAGUAACCAAAAGUAAUGAGAGAUUUUUCUGUAUAUAAACAUUGUUGUCAUUAUUACGAAGCAAGCGAAUGAAUUCCAUUAACUAUU